UCGUGUUUUCGUUUCACUUUUCAGUUUUUCAAUUCACUCGUUCUUCAGGUUUCCGCCGCAAAACCUAACAGAAAUUGCAUUCUUACUAGUUUUCGAUUCACUUGUUCUUCAGUUUUCCAAUUCUAUUUAGAUUAUUCUUCCCACAACAUUAAUACAAUGGAUUCUGAUUCUGUCAAGAGGAAAUUAUCGCCGUCAUUAGAGGAACAAAAACCCCAGAAAAUCAUUAAACCCAACAUAAACAACGACUGUGUUGCUUGCUUCCAUGACGUUUCUUACCCAGAAGGCUAUAUCGUGCCUUCUUCUUCGUCCCCUACCCCUGCCAUUACCACCCCUGCUAAAGAAUUUAACUUUACUCUCGACCCUUUUCAGGCUGAAGCAAUUAAGUGCCUUGAAAAGGGAGAAUCUGUUAUGGUGUCAGCCCAUACCUCGGCUGGAAAAACGGUUGUCGCAUCAUAUGCUAUUGCUAUGUCAUUGCGGAACAAGCAAAGAGUGAUAUAUACUUCUCCUAUUAAAGCUCUUAGCAAUCAGAAAUAUCGAGAUUUUAAAGAGGAGUUUGGAGAUGUUGGUUUAAUGACAGGCGAUGUCACUGAAGCUCCUCUUGCUUCCUGCCUGGUUAUGACAACAGAAAUUUGGCGAAGUAUGCAAUAUAGAGGAUCAGAGAUUAUAAGAGAAGUGGCAUGGGUAAUAUUUGACGAGGUCCACUACAUGCGUGAUACGGAGCGGGGUGUUGUCUGGGAAGAAAGCAUAGUCAUGGCUCCAAAGAACUCUCGAUUUGUUUUCCUUUCAGCAACUGUCCCUAAUGCUAAGGAAUUUGCAGAUUGGGUUGCAAAGGUUCACCAGCAACCUUGUCAUAUUGUUUAUACAGAUUAUCGGCCCACGCCACUUCAACAUUACAUAUUUCCUUCAGGUGGAAAAGGCCUGUACUUGGUGGUGGAUGAGAAAGCCAAAUUUCGCGAAGAUAGCUUCCAGAAAGCUUUGAAUGCCCUUGUGCCUGCGACUGAGGGUGAAAAGAAGAGAGAGAAUGGGAAGUGGCAAAAGGGCGUGGUGGUUGGUAAGUUGGGAGAAGAAAGCGAUAUAUUCAAGCUGGUCAAAAUGCUUAUACAACGCCAGUAUGACCCCAUUAUUUUGUUCAGCUUCAGCAAGAGAGACUGUGAAUUUCUCGCUAUGCAGAUGGCAAAAAUGGAUUUAAAUGGGGACGAUGAGAAAGUGAACACAGAAAUGAUUUUUUGGAGUGCAAUGUCCAUGCUAUCUGAUGAUGAUCAGAAGCUUCCUCAGGUUACAAAUAUUUUGCCUCUCUUAAAACGUGGGAUAGGAGUUCAUCAUUCUGGCUUGUUACCAAUCCUGAAGGAAGUUAUUGAAAUACUAUUUCAAGAAGGACUUAUAAAGUGUUUGUUUGCAACAGAGACCUUUAGCAUUGGUUUAAACAUGCCUGCCAAGACCGUUGUGUUUACAAAUGUUCGCAAAUUUGAUGGACAUAAGUUCAGAUGGCUUACCGGUGGAGAAUACAUACAAAUGAGUGGUCGUGCUGGUCGGCGAGGUAUUGAUGAUCGUGGAAUAUGUAUUCUGAUGGUAGAUGAGAAGCUUGAACCUUCAACAGCUAAGAUGAUGCUUAAAGGAAAUGCUGAUAGUUUGAACAGUGCCUUUCAUCUAGGCUACAACAUGCUCUUGAAUCAAUUACGAUGUGAAGAUGGUAACCCUGAAAAUUUGCUUCGUAAUUCGUUCUAUCAAUUUCAAGCCGAUCGUGCAAUUCCUGAUUUGGAGAAGCAAGUGAAAAAACUUCAAGAAGAGAAGGAUUCAAUUAUAAUUGAAGAAGAAGAAAGCUUAAAGAAUUAUUACUCUCUGAUCGAACAGUAUAAAAGCUUGAAGAAAGAUAUGUGUGAUAUUAUAUUUUCGCCCAAGUAUUGCUUGCCUUUCCUGCAGCCUGGAAGACUUAUUUGCAUCGAAUGUACAAAAUCUGAUGAAAAUCUGCCAUCCGUCUCCAUCGAGGACAAUGUGACUUGGGGUGUCAUCAUAAAUUUUCAUAAGAUCAAGAGCAUUUCCGAAGAUGAAGAAAGUAAAAAGCCAGAGGACGCAAGCUACACUGUUGAUGUUCUCACUAGAUGUAUGGUCAGCAGAGAGGAUGGAGGAAGAAAAACUACUAAAAUUGUUCCACUUAAGGAUCCUGGGGAGCCUAUCGUAGUGUCUGUUCCACUUUCUCAAGUCUACAAGUUGAGUAGCGUACGUGUGAUCAUGUCAAAGGAUCUUUUGCCACUAGAGGCUCGAGAAAAUACUUUGAAGAAGGUUUCAGAAGUUCUUUCCAGAUUCUCUAAGGAUGGGGUUCCGUUGCUAGAUCCUGAAGAAGAUAUGAAGGUUCAAAGAAAAACAUACAAAAUGGUUGUUCGUAGAAUUGAAGCAUUAGAGGGUCUGUUUGACAAAUAUGAAGUGGCAAAGUCUCCUCUAAUUAAGGAGAAACUUAUAGCGUUGCACAAAAAGAAAGAACUUGGGGCUAAAAUAAAGUCUAUUAAGAGACAAAUGCGUACCUCUACUGCAUUGGCUUUUAAGGAUGAGCUCAAAGCAAGGAAACGAGUUUUAAGACGGCUUGGAUACAUUACGAAUGACGACGUUGUGGAGUUAAAGGGGAAGGUCGCCUCUGAAAUUAGUAGUGCUGAUGAGUUGACUCUCACAGAGCUUAUGUUCAAUGGCACUUUCAAAGACAUAAAAAUAGAAGAUAUGGUGGCCCUUUUGUCUUGUCUUGUGUGGCAAGAAAAACUUCAAGAUACUCUAAAACCUAGAGAGGAACUCGAGCUGCUUUUCAUACGACUGCAAGAUACUGCUCGGAGAGUUGCCAAAGUUCAGCUCGAGUGCAAGGUCCAGAUUGACGUUGAGGGUUUUGUGAGCUCAUUCCGGCCUGAUAUUAUGGAGGCAGUUUAUGCUUGGGCCAAAGGAUCAAAAUUUUACGAGAUUAUGGAAAUUACACAGGUGUUCGAGGGAAGCUUGAUUAGGGCUAUCAGGAGAUUGGAAGAAGUCCUUCAGCAACUGAUUCUCGCAGCUAAAUCCAUCGGGGAGAUAGAGCUUGAAUCUAAGUUUGAAGAUGCUGUCUCUAAAAUCAAGAGGGAUAUCGUCUUUGCUGCAUCCCUGUAUGUGGGAUCCGAACCAGACGUAUGAAAGCAAGGAAAAAAAAAGCAGCGGAACAUUAAUGACUAACCAUCCACUUUUGUUACAUAUCUCAACACUCCUCAAUCACCUUAGCUCUGGGUCAGAUCUCAACAGAUAUUUCCUGCACCUCUAACCAUGGAUGUAAGGGUGGCGCCGAAGGCUCCACAGGCUGUGAAAGUGGCAUCGACAAAAUUUUGGAGGUGGUCGUGGCGGUGGUAGUGAUAGUGAUCGGCGGAUGACGAGCAGAAAAGGAAGUCAUAAAUUAGACUGCUUUUUUUGUUCAGUGUAAAAAUUCUUGUUUUUUGACCAGAAUUUGAGCUUCAUUAUUUAUUUGACCAAUUGUUUAUACUGCGAGGGAUGUGUCGGGUGCAGAACAAAAAUAUACACAACGUUGUUUAUUUUACAUUUUUUUUUGAAAUUUUAGGCCUGAAAACAAGUCGUUAAAGUAAAAGAAAUGUAAACUGAUAGUGGGAAUCAUGAUUGCUUUUGUUGA